GUUGCGCAUGGGGAAGUCUCCACCGUGAAAAAGUCAGCGUCUUUGUUUAUAUAAAAUAUAAUGUCAUCUCUCUCUCUCUGUGUCUCCCCUUCUUACAGCCUAUUCCUUUUGUUUGGUUUAAGAUCAUCUUUGAGUUCUACCCUCCUUUCCAUCUCUCUCUCUCUCUCUCUGUCUCUCUCUGGUGCUUAUCUAGAUGCAUGUGUUCUAAGCUAAUUCUUUGGUGCAAAGUCCAUUAGACUUAGAAAACCUAAGCUUCGGUUUCCAUAGUUUCCAUCCUUUUUUGAGCUAUUAGAGAAGUUAUGUGUGACUUCUUCUGGCAAAGGAUGGAGAAUGACCAGGGCGACCUAGCUGACAUAGUCCGCGCUGGUGGUCGUGGCAGUGCGUUGAGCUCCGAGUUCCCAAACACCAGCUGGCAGCUCCCUUCCGAACCCAUCACCUUCCCGCCGCCGUCGACCGAGGGGAAGGCCGUUUGCGACUUCGGUGACCCCUUCGCCGGCCUCCGAGACCCGCUGCUCGACCAAUUGAUCGGCUCGGAGUUCUUCGAUGGCCCGAGCACAACAUCAGGCCUAGUCAGCAUGAUCUCGGAGGGUGGUGGUGGUGGUGGUGAUGGCGGUGGAAGUAGUGGUCUUGGGGCGCAGAACAUGAUGACGAGUGCGGAGAUGAGGCGGCCUUGUAAUAUGUUCUCGCGGGUGCUUCAGAUCUCGCCGGGCACCGGCAGGACUUCUCCGCUCUCGCCGAGGGUGAUCAAGCCUUCUCCAGUAGUGGCUGGUGGCAUGAUAAAGGUGGCUGAUGGCUCGUUGGGCUGCCCGGUGGAUCCCAGCAUUAGGGUGCAGAUCUCGUCCCCUCGGACUCCCGGGAUCAAGCGAAGAAAAAGUCUGGCAAAGAAAGUGGUCUGCAUUCCAGCACCGGCAGCAACAAGCAGCAGAUCUAGCGGAGAGGUUGUUCCUUCUGAUCUAUGGGCUUGGAGGAAGUAUGGCCAGAAACCCAUCAAGGGUUCCCCAUAUCCGAGGGGUUAUUACAGAUGUAGCAGUUCGAAGGGAUGCUCAGCAAGGAAGCAAGUCGAGCGAAGCCGAACUGAUCCCAACAUGUUGGUCAUCACUUACACAUCCGAGCACAAUCACCCAUGGCCAACUCAAAGGAACGCACUUGCCGGAUCUUCAAGAUCCCAAUCAUCAAAGAAUAGCUCUUCAGGUUCAAAGAACUCUCCUCAUAAGCGAAAACCACCCACAAGCCAUGGAGAGGAGUCAAAGGUGAUGACAAGCUCGAGCGCUCCUGCAGUCAAAGGAGAAGCGAGAGAGAUGGGGAAGGCCAUAGAUUCAGUGGAAAAUAAUGAAUUCGAUCAAUUGUUCCAGCAGAGCUACAAGUCCAUGAUCCCAGAAUCGAAUCAACCCAAUGACUUUUUCGCAGAUUUGGCAGAGCUCGAGCCUGACCCAAUGAGCCUCAUCUUCUCAAAAGGAUCAAUGGAAACCAAGCCAGAUGAGGAGAGGGGAGAGAGAGCUUUGGAUCCAUUCAACUUUUUUGAUUGGACUGGGAACUCAUUUGAAGAAGCUAAGAAAGGUUUAUAGCAAGACCUGGGUACAGCAAAACACCAAUAGGAAAAACAACCCUUGGUUUGUUUGAUGGAGGUGCAGUUGUGUCCAAGGCCUCGGUAUAAACCUUGAAGUACAAGUUAGAAUCUUGUGGUGGGGACGCAUAUGAUGCUGCUUGCAAGACUGAAAUGAAGAGAGUAAGCAAAGAUGGUCAAGAAUAAUUCCGACCAUCGAGUAUGUAUGCCCCUCGAUGCAUUCAAACACUUGCAUGCAUACAUGUGGAUCCACCAAAAGUGCGUGCCCGAUAGCAUACAAAUAUCAGAUGGCUGGUUGUUUGUUCAUUCAUGUAUUAAUUGCAAUAUCAAGUUUCUUAAUAUGAUUAAACCAAGACUUAUUUUCUUUCCUUUCUUUCCUCUCUCAAAUUCAUUACACAUAUGUAUGUAUUAAGUUAAUACUUGAAAACAGUGAUCUCAUUGCAUAUGGACAGCUUUUGUUGAA